GAUGCCCUUCACCAGUGCCGAGCCCGUCCAUGGGGACUGAAUAACUGCAACCACAGAGAAGAUGCUGGCGUGGUGUGCUCAGACUCACAAUUAGAGAUUACAGCCAAAGUGCGGCUGGUGGAUGGUCCUCACCGCUGUGCCGGGAGGUUGGAGGUGUUUCAGAACAACAGAUGGGGGACCGUGUGCGGCAACGGCUGGGACAUGAAUGACGCCAUAGUGGUGUGUCGGCAGCUGGGCUGUGGCAUUGCUCUCUCGGCUCCUGUCCAGGCUCACUUUGGCCAAGGGUCAGAUCCCAUCUGGAUGAACAGAGUGUCCUGCAUCGGGACAGAAAGUUCCAUUUCAGAAUGCCUGUCGUCUUCAUGGGGAAUCCAACUGUGCACCCACAUGGAUGACGCUGGCGUGGAAUGCUCAGUGUUGUCAGAAGACACAUCAACUCUUCGCCUGGUGAAUGGCCCGCAUCGCUGUUCUGGUAGAGUCGAAGUGUUUCACAACCAGCAGUGGGGAACUGUUUGCGAUGAUGGCUGGGACAUGUACGACGCCAUGGUGGUGUGCAGACAGUUGGGCUGCGGUGAAGCGCUGUCAGCCACAACACAAGCUUCCUUCGGACGAGGGGUGGAUCCCAUCUGGCUGGACAGAGUUGCUUGCACUGGGAGAGAAAAUGCUCUCACACAGUGCAGGGCCAGGCCCUGGGGAGUCAAUGGCUGCACACAUCAAGAAGAUGCUGGUGUUGUGUGCUCAGACAAAAAUAUCACAUCGGAGGCAGCACAGAUCCGCCUAGUGAAUGGCCCCAGCCGCUGCGCUGGCAGAGUGGAGGUGCUGCAUGGUGGACAGUGGGGCACGGUGUGUGACGAUGGCUGGAACAUCCAGGCUGCCACUGUCGUGUGUCGACAGCUGAACUGCGGUGGGGCUGAGUCAGCCCCCAGCGGUGCU